CACUCUCAUCCUUAAGGGUCCCAAUUUCAGAUGGAAAUGGAGUUUCAUCAUUUAUGACAUUUUCCACCUUUGUAUUAAAACCAGUCCAAUUGCAGAUAUACAAAAUGUAAAAAAAAAAAAAAUGGAAAUUUACACGGUCUUCUUCGUUCACAUUAUACCCUUUGCUUAGCGAUUGCUCCUUCUCUUUCAGUUUUGUGGAGAUUUGAAACAGAAAGACAAGAAAGCGGUGAAAGUGCUGUAUUUUUUUAAUUAAUCGAGCUAUGAAUUCUCCAAUUCAUGCCCCUUCACCACCUUCCUCUUCAUCUUGCUCGUAUAACCGUCCUCCUCCUUGCCUCAGUCCUGGUUCUCGUAAUUUCAAGUCACCUCUGUUGUUGCCACUGACAAUCCGUACCUCUCAAAAGAUGUAUCGCUGCUCUGGAGGCCAUGUGGAGGCUUCUUCUAACACUAAUCCUUUGAAAAAUUAUGUAAUGGGAAGAAGUACUUCAGGGUGGUUUGAAACACAGCCCUUGGUUUCUGAGCAGUUAGUCAGGAGGCGCUUGUUGCCAGUUGAAGCUUUAGCAACUCCAACAGUUCAAGAUUUAUCUGAUACACCUCUUAUCGGUGAUGAUAAGAUUGGAGUGUUAUUGUUGAACCUCGGAGGUCCAGAGACUCUAGAAGAUGUCCAGCCUUUUUUGUUUAACCUUUUUGCUGACCCAGAUAUUAUACGACUACCAAGGUUAUUUAGCUUUCUUCAGAAGCCACUGGCCAAAUUUGUAUCUGUUUUGAGAGCACCAAAGAGCAAAGAAGGCUAUGCUUCUAUUGGGGGUGGAUCUCCUCUUAGACGCAUGACUGAUGCACAGGCUGAAGAGUUGAGAAAGUCUCUUUGGGCGAAGAAUGUCCCAGCCAAAGUUUAUGUUGGCAUGCGUUAUUGGCAUCCAUUCACUGAAGAGGCUAUUGAACAGAUUAAAAGAGAUGGAAUUACAAAGCUUGUUGUGCUUCCACUUUAUCCACAAUUUUCAAUUUCGACCAGUGGUUCAAGUCUUCGUCUCUUAGAGAGUAUAUUCAGAGAGGAUGAAUAUCUAGUUAAGAUGCAGCACACGGUAAUUCCUUCAUGGUACCAGCGUGAAGGAUACAUUAAUGCGAUGGCAAAUUUAAUUGAAAAAGAGCUGAAAGGUUUUGACUUUCCUGAGAAGGUCAUGAUAUUCUUUAGUGCACAUGGAGUGCCUCUUGCCUAUGUAGAAGAGGCUGGUGAUCCAUACAAAGCAGAGAUGGAGGAAUGUGUUGAUUUAAUCAUGGAAGAGCUUGAAAACAGAAAGAUAACUAAUGCAUACACCCUUGCUUAUCAGAGUAGAGUUGGACCUGUGGAAUGGUUAAAGCCCUAUACAGAUGAGACAAUAGUUGAACUUGGGAAAAAGGGAGUAAAAAGUCUGCUGGCUGUACCAAUUAGCUUUGUCAGCGAGCAUAUUGAAACUUUAGAAGAAAUUGAUGUAGAGUACAAAGAAUUGGCUCUAAACUCUGGUAUAGAAAAAUGGGGUCGUGUUCCUGCUCUAGGAACUGAACCCACCUUCAUUUCAGAUUUGGCAGAUGCCGUAAUUGAGAGUCUCCCUUAUGUUGGUGCAAUGGCAGUUUCAAACCUUGAAGCUCGACAGUCUUUGGUUCCACUGGGCAGCGUAGAAGAGUUAUUGGCUGCAUAUGAUUCACAGCGUAGGGAGUUGCCACCACCGGUAAUUGUGUGGGAAUGGGGAUGGACCAAAAGUGCUGAAACUUGGAAUGGAAGAGCUGCUAUGCUUGCUGUGCUUCUUCUGUUGUUUUUAGAAGUCUCCACUGGUGAGGGAUUUCUGCACCAGUGGGGAAUAUUGCCCUUGUUUAGGUGAGUUAAUCCUCACCUACCCUCCAUGGCAGUGAAAUUUAGUUUUGCUUGUAUAUGUAUACACCAUUAGCAUCACAUAUGUCCCUUAAAAUGGAAGGCAUGCACUCAGGAGCUCUCAAAUGUAGUUUAGACACAUUAUCUGUGGAUGGAAACAAGAGAAAAAUAAUGUAUAGUGAUGUGGUUUGUAUAGUACCUCUUGUAUGUAUCUAAAGCAGAGUUUUUGACAUCGCAA